AUGACAAGCACUCUCCAGGUUCCCACCAUUGAGAUUCAAGGAGCAAACCCUCGUCGUGAUUCUCCACGUACUAGACCACGCACCUUCUCUCUCUCGUCUCUCGUGGGAAAAACCCGGAGAGCAUACUCUGUCUCAUCUGCUUAUCCACCCAAGAUCCAUCCUGCACUAGCACUUCCUGUUCCAAAGUCAUCUGGCGAUCACUCUCUUUCAGUCCGCGAUCAUGUAUUUGGAGACGUCUGGACUGAUCCCCGGCAGUCUUUAUGUAGUCCUGCCUCGAACCUGACACCUGCACAGAGACGCAAUUCCGUGGCAGCAGCUUCUCGUCGAUACGAAGAUUUUGAACAAAAAAUGGAAGCUGCCCCACUAUUUGUGCUUGUGUCGACCUAUCUUAAUUAUCUCGUUUUGAUUUUGUUUGGCCAUUUACGAGACAUUCUUGGAAAGGUCUUUAAGCGUAAGAAGUAUGCUCACUUGAGAACAAACGAGGGCUAUGCUCCUCUGGUAUCUGAUUUUGAUUCAUUUUAUACAAGGCGUAUGUAUUUGCGCAUUCGUGAUUGUUGGAACCGUCCCAUUACUGGAGUUCCAACAAGAAAGACCAUGAUAUUGGAAAGAAAGACAACAGAUUUUAAUGAGACAUUCAGUUUGACAGGAAGGAAGAUUGAGGCUAUCAACUUUGCAUCAUACAAUUACCUUGGGUUUGCACAGAACACUGGCCCAUGUGCUGAUGCAGUCCAAGAUGCUGUGCGUGAAUAUGGCAUCAGCACUGCCAAUUCACGGUUGGAGGCUGGAACUUCUGAUUUACAUGUCCAAUUGGAAAGAAAAACCGCCCAAUUUGUCGGAAAAGAGGAUGCAAUUAUUGUUUCCAUGGGAUUCGCCACUAACUCAACCACUAUCCCUGCCCUGGUGAACAAGGGAUGUUUGAUUAUCAGCGACGAAUUAAACCAUAGUUCAAUUGUAUUUGGCGCUCGUCUUUCGGGUGCUUCUAUCCGUGUAUUCAAACACAACAACAUGGUUGAUCUUCGCGAACUAUUGCGUGAGGUGAUUUCUCAGGGACAACCCCGAACCCACAGACCUUGGAAAAAGAUUAUGAUUAUUGUCGAAGGUUUAUAUUCCAUGGAAGGCUCGAUUGUUAAUUUACCGGAACUCAUUCGCUUGAAACGUGAAUUCAAGUUCUAUCUCUAUAUUGAUGAAGCCCAUUCUAUUGGUGCUCUGGGUGAGAAUGGAGGCGGUGUUUGUGAUUUCUAUGGAAUUUCUCCAAAGCACGUAGAUUUAUUGAUGGGUACAUUUACAAAAUCUUUUGGUGCUGCUGGCGGAUACAUUGCUGGUGACAAGACGGUGAUUGACCACUUGAGAGUCCGUAAUCAUGCCUUUUGUUAUGCCGAAACAAUGUCUAUUCCCAUUACUCAGCAAGUACUCACCAGUCUGAGUAUCAUUCGUGGUGAGGAAGGUACCAAUGAUGGCCGUGAUCGUAUCCAGAAGCUGGCAGAUAACUCGCGUUAUUUUUCAGCAAAGUUACGAGCUCUUGGAUUUAUCGUAUAUGGUGAUGAAGGCAGCCCUGUUAUUCCUCUUCUUCUUUUUAACCCAGCAAAGAUAUCUGCCUUUUCUCGUGAGGCGCUCAAGCGCGGGAUUGCUCUGUGUGUGGUAGGAUAUCCUGCCACUCCUAUCAUUAGUUCCCGUGCUCGUUUUUGUGUCUCUUCAUCACACACUCGGGAGGAUCUGGAUGAUGCUUUGGAGAAGAUUAGCGAAAUUGGUGAUAUUCUUAUGUUGAAGUUCAAGGAGACUUCAUCCUAAGCCCCCUUUUUUAAGAAGAAAAAACCUCGCAUCAUUCUAUAUCUUUAUUUUUAUUAUUCAAGUCUAUAUCGGCCAACUGAUCUCUAUAGUCAAUCAUUCACUUCGUAUUAUUAUUUUUCUUUUUUUUGUAUUUCAUUUCAUCAUUAAACGACUCUGUCUUUCUUUUUAAGACAUCUCUUCCAC